AUUCCAUUUUCAAGAAUUACAUUGAGAUUAGAGAGAGAGAGAGAAGCCGAAAGGGGGAUGAAAAAGCUGACCAGAGAGCCACAGGGACCGUUAGCUUAGCCGGCGCCAAUAUUCGUUGAGCUUCUUCCUCUUCCCCUUAUAACCAAACAUAAAAACCCCCCAUUUUCUUUCUUUCCAGAACUCACCGGGCCACCCACAGAUCUUCCCUACUUCUCUCUCUCUCUCUCUCUGCAUCUGCCUCUGGGCAUGUUUCGGUUUUUUCACAGAAAGGGUCCCUUUGUUUCUUGUCCGCAUUUGUUCUUCACAUAUAUAUAGAUUUGUGUCUCUGGGAAGCAGAGAAUUUUUUUGGGGGGUCUUUUGUCAGCCUUUCCUUUUGAUUGAUGAUGGAGAGCAGCAAAGGCUUCUCCUCUCCUCGGAGCACCGCUUUCCCCGCCGGAUUGCGCGUUCUCGUCGUCGACGACGACCCGACUUGGUUGAAGAUCCUCGAAAAGAUGCUCAAGAAAUGUUCUUAUGAAGUUACCACAUGUGGAUUAGCAAGAGAUGCCCUGAAACUGCUUCGCGAAAGGAAGGGUGGAUAUGACAUUGUCAUUAGCGACGUUAACAUGCCUGACAUGGACGGCUUCAAACUCCUGGAACUUGUCGGCCUCGAGAUGGAUCUUCCUGUAAUAAUGAUGUCUGUGGACGGAGAGACGAGCAGAGUUAAGAAGGGCGUUCAACAUGGGGCUUGUGAUUAUCUCCUCAAGCCCAUCCGAAUGAAAGAGCUCCGAAACAUAUGGCAGCAUGUCUUUCGAAAGAGGAUCCACGAGGUAAGGGACAUUGAGAGUCAUGAAGGUCUUGAAGGUCUUCAGGUAACCCAAAGCGGGUUUGAUCAGUUUGAUGAUGGGCAUUUCUUUAGUGGAGAAGAUAUGUUGACACCGGCAAAGAAAAGGAAAGACCUAGAAAAUAAGCACGAUGAGAAAGACUUCACCGAUUCUUCGUCUUCCACAAAGAAAGCUAGAGUAGUUUGGUCUGUUGAUCUCCAUCAGAAAUUUGUGAAAGCAGUGAAUCUGAUUGGAUAUGAUAGCCAAAUUUUCUAUUCAGGAAAGGAUGUAACAUGUCUUGUCUGUUCUGCAGAAGUCGGUCCCAAGAAAAUACUGGACUUGAUGAAUAUUCCAUGGUUGACAAGAGAAAAUGUCGCCAGCCACCUGCAGAAGUACCGGCUUUACUUGAGCAGGUUGCAGAAGGAAAAUGAUCUGAAAAUUUCUUAUGGCGGGAUGAAGCAUUCGGAUCUAAACCCGCAAGAUGCUGCCAGAGCAUUGAGCCGUCAGAACUCCAUCAAUUUCGAGCAAAAUGAUGCUACAAAUUGCAACUCGAGAAUUUCGGGCAACAACUUGCUCAUCCAGAAUUUGAACUCCAAAAGCAAUGAAAUCAACCCCAGAGGGACUACAAUCACCGAGAAAUCUAGUCCAGGAAUUAGUCACUCACUCUCUCCACUGGAGCAGGAAAUGAAAUUCCCAGCGAUUGAUGGGAUUACCCCGGGAUCGUACUCUUGGAGAGAAGUUCCAGAAAUCCAAUUUCACCAAGAAAAUGCUGGGAAUCAACCAGAAGAUUGCUUUCGCCGCGUGGCUGUGCCUAUGGGUGGCCUGCAGAAUCAUGUCCAAAUAGAUCAACUACUACCCGUCACGUCCAUUAGUUCGAAAGCACAACUGCCCAACCUGAUUGAAACCAAGCCUUUGAAUGUUGAUUAUGCAAUCAGCAGCUUUACUCAGGCAAGUCCAGUGAAAACGAGAAUCGACUCUUUUCCUGUUCCCACCAAAAUCCACACGGGAAAUCAACAAGCUAUUCAGCCCCCUUCCACCAACAAACCAAGCAUGGAAAGUCAGGCCUUCAACCCGAGCUGCGUUACCAAUUUGGAAUCUUCCCAGAGGAAUUUUUCUUCGACCACCCCUGAGUCGGCAUUUACAUCUCCAGAUGAGGUUCUACAGGUCGGAUGGCUUCAGGAUUACUCCACAUGCCUUGGACUCCAAAACAUAGAGUUUCCGGAUUUUGGGGACCCAAGCAUGGUGGCUGAAGUCCCGAUGCACUUGUACACUGCCCUGAAGUUCGACUUCGAGCAACUCUCCGACCAAUCGGAGUUACCUGUAAUAAAUCAAGGUCUGUUCAUAGCAUGACCAAUGCUCUAGUUUGUCUGCUGACCUGUCUGAAAGUUUUGCAUCAUCUUUAAGGACUGCGCUUGUCAUCUUCCUAAUAAGCUGUUAGGAGAUUUGAUUAUGGAAACAUGUACAAUGGUGAGGACUGGCAGAUGCUUAGCUAAACGAAGCUUGCUUCUCCAAGUUUGGUCGACGUACAUUAGUGCAUCAGUCUCGAUGUUGUGCAUAUUUCUCUUGAUUCGUUCAUGUAACAAAAUGAUCAGGGAGACAGUGAGUUCCACGAGGAAGAACUG